AUGCCUUCCGCCACCGACAACCCUCCCAAGACGGAAUCAAGACUCUUGCUUAUCUCAAAUCGACUUCCUAUCACCAUCAAACGCUCACCAGAAGGGAAAUAUGACUACUCCAUGUCCUCGGGCGGCCUGGUCACUGGCCUCAGUGGUCUCGCCAAGAGCACCACGUUCCAGUGGUAUGGCUGGCCAGGAUUGGAGAUCCCCGACAACGAGUCGGAUGAUGUAGUCAAGCGCCUGAAGGACGAGUUCAAUGCCAUCCCAGUGUUUGUCGACGACGAACUGGCCGACCGCCACUACAAUGGCUUUUCAAAUUCCAUUAUGUGGCCGCUCUUCCACUAUCACCCCGGCGAGAUCACGUUCGACGAAUCGGCCUGGAAUGCUUACGUUGAAGUCAACAGGCUAUUCGCUCGGGCCAUUGCCAAGGAUGUCGAGGACGGCGACCUUGUCUGGGUUCAUGAUUACCACCUGAUGCUUUUACCACAGAUGCUCCGCGAAGAGAUUGGCAACACCAAGUCCAAUGUCAAGAUUGGCUUCUUCUUGCAUACACCAUUCCCUUCAAGCGAGAUCUACCGGAUUCUACCUGUCCGGAACGAGAUCCUCCUAGGCGUCCUACACUGUGAUCUCAUUGGCUUCCAUACUUACGACUAUGCGCGACACUUCCUCAGCAGUUGUUCGCGAAUACUAAAUCUGACCACCACGCCCAACGGAGUUGAAUUUGAAGGCAAGAUUGUCACGGUUGGUGCUUUUCCUAUUGGCAUCGACCCCGACAAGUUCACCGAGGGUCUGAAGAAGGAGAAAGUCCAGCAGCGGAUUCAGGUUUUGGAAGAAAAGUUCAAGGGUGUCAAACUGAUUGUCGGUGUGGAUCGUCUGGAUUACAUCAAGGGCGUUCCCCAGAAGCUGCACGCUCUCGAAGUCUUCCUGACCGACCACCCGGAGUGGAUUGGCAAAGUCGUUUUGGUCCAAGUGGCCGUACCGAGCAGACAGGAUGUCGAGGAGUACCAGAACCUGCGUGCUGUCGUCAACGAGCUUGUCGGAAGAAUCAACGGAAAAUUCGGCACCGUCGAGUUUAUGCCGAUCCACUUCAUGCACAAAUCAGUCAACUUCGACGAGCUUCUUGCUUUAUAUGCUGUCUCCGAUGUCUGUCUGGUCUCCUCCACCCGUGACGGCAUGAACCUAGUCUCAUUCGAGUACAUCGCUUCUCAGGAGAAACGAAAGGGCAGUCUCAUUCUGUCCGAGUUUGCUGGUGCUGCCCAAAGCUUGAACGGAAGCAUAUUGGUCAACCCUUGGAACACCGAGGAGCUCGCUGGUGCAAUCCAAGAAGCCGUCACCAUGAGUGCAGACCAUCGGGCCAUCAAUUAUGCUAAGCUGCAUAAAUACGUGACCAAGUAUACGAGUGCAUUUUGGGGACAAUCGUUCGUCGGCGAGUUGACGAGAAUAUCAGCCCAAGGAGAGAAGAAGUUGAAGCUAAGACGGGCGUCCUUGGUCAAGGCUCCUUCGCAGCAGCCAACAUCUUCGCCCGCAGAUGGCGAGCAGUCAGACAAGAAGCAAGUUUCUCGAUCUCCAGCAUCCGGCAACCCUGACGGAGCAAUUGACGGGGCUAUGGCUUCCAGAGAAAAAGAUGGCGUCGCACCGGAGAGACUCGAAAAGGAAAAGUCGGCAACUAUGUGA